AUGGAUUUUUUCAACACAAUCAAUGGGUAUACUGAGAACCUAUUUGGGUUCCAAGGUGUAAUAACAAAUGGGUCCUCAUCAAGUUCGUCGUUGAUAUUGGAUAAAGAAAGAGGAGAGCUUGUGAGGGCUAUGGUGAAGCCGGGCCAGAAAGAAGUUAAUGAAGAGAAGGCAUUGAUAGCUUUGAGAAACCACAGUGAGGCUGAAAGACGUAGAAGAGAAAGAAUUAAUGGGCAUUUGGCCACUCUCAGGAGCCUAAUUCCUGGCACUAAUAAGAUGGACAAAGCAGCAUUACUGGCUGAAGUUAUUAACAAGGUAAAAGAGUUGAGAGGGAAUGUCACAGAAGCUACUAGAGGCAUACUUGUGCCGACUGACAUUGAUGAAGUAAGAGUUGAACAAGAAGCAGACCAACAUGAUGGAGCGUCCAUUUCCAUCCGGGCAUCUUUAUGCUGUGAUUACAGACACGAGAUUCUCUCUGAUUUAAGACUUGCACUUGAAUCUCUCCCUUUGAAGACAGUGAAGGCCGAGAUCGCUACCUUGGGAAGUAGAAUGGUGAAUGUUUUCGUGGUGACUGGGUGCAACACUGAAAAUGUCGAAAAUUGUUCAGAAGAUUGCCAGCCUCUCAUAGAUUCUGUUCGUCAGGCUCUGAAAUCUGUGCUUGAUAAAUUUUAUGCAUCUGAAGAAUUCACAUCAAGAAACACGGUUUUGAGCAAAAGGAGAAAAGUUUCGUUUUUCAGUCCUACAAAUUCAUCUUCUUUGGGAGAUUUCUGGUGA